UUAAUUGCUGUCUUUUCUUUCUAGUCUUUGAGAUAGAGAGGGUUUCCUGGGAAGCUCUGCAGAGUGCUUGCAAUGUGUCUGUCACUGUCUCCAUCUCUGAGCCACUCUCCUGCCUGAUGCUUGUCCUCCAAGAGCAGGGGAUCUCCCCUCAGAACCCCAAAGGAAUUAAUCUGCAUUUCCAUUCCAUCAACUGGGAUUUCCCCCAUGUUUUCAGUGAUGCUGGGAGGUGACAACAACCACUGGAUGACAUCUAAGGAUGCUUCAGGUGAAGCUAAUAAUAACUGGAGAUGACUUCGGCUACUGUCCUCGGAGAAACCAAGGCAUUGUGGACUGUUUCCUGGCUGGUGCCGUAUCUAACGUGUCCCUUCUAGUCAACGGAAGUGCUGCAGCAGAUGCAGCCAAGCUGGCAAGGAGAUACAACAUCCCAACAGGCCUGCAUGCCAACCUCUCCGAGGGCUCCCCUGUGUGUGAGGUGCUCAAGACAAACUCUUCUCUGCUCAACCAGGAUGGAUUCUUCCAUGGAAAAAUGGGAUUCAGAACAGCUCUAUCAAAAGGUCUCCUGAAAAUGUCAGAGGUGAAGCAGGAGCUCAAGGCCCAGGUGGAGCUGUUCCGUGAGCUGACAGGUCACCUACCUCCCCACAUGGAUGGGCACCAGCACGUCCACGUUCUCCCAGAGGUCAGGAAUGUGUUUGCAGAGGUGUUAGAGGAGUAUGGGAUUAAGUACACACGUGUCCCCAUAGAGCCAGGCCUUCAUAACUGUGACUGGAUUCCACCAUCCCUGAUGGACUUUUACCUGGGAGUAGAAGAAGAUUCUUUUAACACAGUGGAUGUGUUUACAAAGCAUGGAAUAAGGUGGGCAGACAUUUACAUAGGCCUGAGCACCAUGGGCAGGAACAUGUCUGUCAGCAGCAUCCAGAGUGCCAUCGACAGCGCCGUGCUGCAGCGCCCGCCCAGGGCACCCCAGAGCGGCACCGUGACCAUCGAGCUGAUGGUGCACCCCGGGUACCCCAGUGUCCCUCCUGUUGGGGGCUGUGGGGAAGGACCAGAUGAUUUCUCACAGUCCUGGGAACGCCUCCAUGAACUCCAGACAUUAAUUAAGCCAGAGCUGCAGAGCCAUUACAAAAGCAGGAACAUUCAGCUGUGUUCAUUCAAAGAUCUUUAAAUAAAUGAGCAGACAUCCAUCCAUCCAUCCAUCCUACACCCAUCCUCUGAAGACAGGCAGUUGCUAAUGUCUAGAGAAGCCAGAUCACUGUUAUCAGUGUCACAGUCCCUGGUGCAGCUCACAGGAGCUGUG